UUUCCGGUCUCCAUUUUAUUAUAGCUAGCAGCUCAUGUCGCAGCUACAGACAGGCGUUUCGACGGAAGACUGCAAACUGAUCGAAUAUUAGUGUUGGUUUUACAAUACGUUUCUCAUUCACGUUUGCGGAGUAUCAAUUUUUGUUUUGAAAAUUGAGACCUGUUGAAAUGGCAGAUCCAGCCAUGCACCGAGAUUGCCCUCUCGACUGCAAGGUCUAUGUGGGAAACCUGGGAAAUAAUGGCAACAAGACAGAGCUGGAGAGGUCCUUUGGCUAUUAUGGGCCACUUCGCAGUGUCUGGGUAGCAAGGAACCCCCCAGGCUUUGCUUUUGUGGAAUUUGAAGAUCCAAGGGACGCAACAGACGCAGUGAGGGAGCUUGAUGGAAGGACACUAAGUGGUUCUCGUGUGCGAGUGGAGCUGUCCAAUGGUGAGAAACGCACCCGCAACCGGGGUCCUCCUCCCUCAUGGAGCAGACGUCCUCGAGAUGAACAUCGUGGGCGUCGUGGUAGCCCGCCUGCCAGGCGCAGAUCCCCACGUAGGAGGAGCUUCAGCCGCAGCCGAAGCAGGUCUCUCUCCAGAGACAGGAAGAGGGAGAGAUCUCUGUCCCGGGACAGAAACCAUAAACCCUCAAGAUCAUUCUCUCGAUCAAGGAGCCGCUCCAGAUCUACUGAGAGAAAGUAAGAAGAUUCACGGCAAUCGAUGGAUGAACAAAUACAGCCAUCCCUCUAGCGAGUUGUUUCAUGUGAUGGACUAUAAAUGACCCCUGGUCAUUGGUCUUUUUUUCUCUCUUUUUUAAACAAUCAAAUAUGUUUAUUUGCUUCUUUGUGACUUUCAAGGUAUCUAUUUCCUCUGUAUUUUGUAAAUAAGUGGGUAUGCAGGUGUAAUACGUUACUGAAAGGGCUGAACUUGAGAACCAACUUCUCAUUCAAAAUAGCAUAUAAGACAUCGAUGUUAGUCAAACAUUUAUUCCAGUGCCAAAAUUGACCAAAAAAAAAUGCAAGUAAGUACAUAUAAAGUCAGUAUCGUCCAAAACAGACUUGUGAGAUUUGUGUACAAGAUUUUGGCAUGACUUGAGUGUUUGAGUAUCUGUAUGUCUAAAAGUACCAGGUCAAGGAAAGGCCCUUUUUUAAAUAGUCUAGUGCUCACAUCACGUUUCCAUGUCAGCAAGAUUUGUCUGGAGGUGGUAAAAGGCUAUUGUCAUCUAUUCUAUGUUGAUUAAUAUAUGUAUCUUGUUGUCUAAUUGAUCUAUAGGAUUUUCGCUGUUCUUCCAGUUCCUGUUGGUAAAUAUUUGUCAAUGGGAAUAAUGGCACCCGUAUUCAGGAUAUUGGAAUCUAUUUGAGAAAAGAGAUGCAAAGUACUGAAUACAAUUAUCUCAAUUUUGGCUCUACAAUAUUCCACUUUCUUUUCCUUUGUACUAUUUGUAAUGUUCUCUGAAUUAAAAACUGGUUGUAGAAAAGUC